GCGUAUACUGGAGUACAGUAUACUAUUCAAAUUUUCCAAAAAUAGGUGACGUUGGCAAUGAUGCAGUUCUUCUCUGCAUCUGAAUCUCCCUUCAGAUGAGGGAGCGGCCUAUAUUAGGCUGCCAGCCUCGCUCAUCGGGGCAUCCAAACCUCACCAAUUUGUCCCCUUGAUUUGAGACGAGAACUAUCAGCUAUGGCCUCUGCUGAAGCGGGAGGAGACAAGUACCGAUCGUUCUUGCACGGCGAGGGCGAGAAGAACACCGUGUGGAGGCUCGGAGCCCCUCCCAACUACGACAUGGUGAACAAGCUCUUCGAGGAAGAGAGGACCAAGGAAUGGCCGGAGGGAUCCCUGGAAGAGAAAGUGCAGCGCUUGCUCAAGACCUGGGAGAUGGAGCUUGUCCACAAGCUGCGCCCCGAGGACCAGAAGAGCGUUCACUACCAGGGAUACAGCGCCAGCACAAACGGGAUGAAGCCUCUGACGCGGAAGGAACUGUCGGCCAUCGGCGGCUACAACGCGUUCCUGGCGACCACCCUGCCGCCGGAGCACCGCAUCUACGACCCGGAGAAGGAGACGCUAGAGUCCAGCAUGUCGACGUUCCUGACGGCGUUCCCCCGGGGCUUCGCCAUCGAGGUGCUCGAAGUGUACAGCGGCCCGCCGAAGGUCGCCUUCAAGUUCCGGCACUGGGGGCACAUGGAGGGGCCAUUCAAGGAGCACCCGCCUCACGGCCAGCGCGUCGAGUUCUUCGGCGUCUGCAUCUUCCAUGUUGAUGAAGAGAUGAAGGUUCAGAAGACAGAGUACUUCUACGAGCGCGGCAACUUCCUCGCAAGCUUCUUGAGCACCCCUGCAUCUGCCGCAUCGGCUUCAGGUUGCCCUGUGAUUGGAGGAAAUUAAUAGUCUCGAUGGGCUGGAUGGUCACAUAUGGAUUUCGAAUUGGCUUACAUUCCAUGGUCUCCCCAUGACAAUGUUUAAAUACAGUGGCUUAUUUGUCUGGAAUAAACCAUGUAAUGAUUGUAGCUCUCAGUUUAAAAAUGGUGAUGGUGAUUGUGGCAAGAUUAGGCCUUUCACAACAAUGCAUUGUCUCUUAGCACGUUGUUUUAGGUGGUGAUAUUUUAAAGAGACUAUUUCCACAAUGCAUUGUAUCUUCGUUGUUGUCUCUAAAGAAGGUCGCAUUAAUUAAUUUAGUACUCCUUCCGUCCAA